AUGGCUAACGUGUCGUACCAAAUCGCUCAUUUGCUUGAAAAAAUGACUUCAAGUGAUAAAGACUUCCGGUUUAUGGCAACCAACGAUUUAAUGUCAGAGUUGCAGAAAGACAGCAUUAAACUAGAUGACGAUUCUGAACGCAAAGUUGUAAGAAUGUUACUAAGAUUGUUGGAAGACAAAAAUGGUGAAGUUCAAAAUCUUGCUGUUAAAUGUUUGGGUCCACUUGUUAAUAAAGUAAAAGAAAACCAAGUUGAGACUAUUGUUGAUGCACUUUGUACUAAUAUGAUAUCUGAAAAUGAACAAUUGAGAGACAUUUGCAGUAUUGGAUUAAAAACUGUUAUAAGUGAGUUGCCAAUCACUAACGCCCUAUUAGCUGCAAAUGUGUGCCGUAGAAUUACUGGAAAAUUGACAAGUGCUAUUGAAAAGCAAGAUGUAUCUGUACAAUUGGAAGCUUUAGACAUACUUGCUGAUUUACUCUCAAGAUUUGGAUCAUUGCUAUUAGAUUUUCACAGUGGUAUACUAAAGUCAUUAUUGCCUCAAUUAAAUUCUUCUCGUCAAGCAGUAAGAAAAAGGACUAUUGUUGCACUUGGUCAUUUAGUAUUGUCAUGUAAUCAAGUAUUAUAUAUUAAACUUAUUGAUUAUUUGGUUAAUGAUUUAUCAAUACAACAACCAGCAGCAAGAUCUAAAACAUCCAUACAGUGUAUAGCAGCUAUAUGUCGUCAAGCUGGCCAUCGUUUUGGUGUUCAUGUUGAUCGUGUUGUACCAUUAAUACAAGGGCCAUUGGUAGAAAAUUCUACGGAAGAUGAUGAAUUACGUGAAUAUUGUUUGCAAGCCUUUGAUGCUUUUGUUAAUCGUUGUCCCAGUGAAACAGCAGCUUAUACUAAUGACAUAAUUAAGUUAUGCUUGGAAUAUUUGGCAUAUGAUCCAAAUUAUAAUUAUGAUGAUAAUGGUGAAAAUGGUGAUGAGAAUUUAAUGGAUACUAAUGAUGGUGAAGAUUUAGAAGAUGAAGAUAUUGAGGAUGAUUAUUCGGAUGAUGAUGAUAUGAGUUGGAAAGUUCGGCGGUCAGCUGCAAAGUGUUUGGAAGGUAUAAUCAUAACCAGAAAGGAUUUGAUUGCAGAUAUGUAUAGAAAUGUUUCAAAAUCAUUGAUACAAAGAUUUAAAGAAAGGGAAGAAAAUGUUAAAAGUGAUAUAUUACAUGUGUACAUGGCAUUGUUGAAACAAACAAAGUUAACUAGUAGUAAUAUGACAGCUGAUAUGGCUGAUGAGGAUUCAGCUAUGUAUCUUCUUCAAUCCCAAGUUCCUGCAAUUGUUAAAGCUAUACAUGCUCAAAUGAAAGAACGGAGUGUUAAAACUCGUACUGACUGUUUAGCUCUAUUGAAAGAGCUUGUUAUCGUUCUUCCUGGUGCUCUCACCAACCACAUAGGAACUUUAAUUCCUGGAAUUCAAUAUUCUCUAAGUGACAAAAAGUCUAGUAGCAACAUGAAAAUUGAUACAUUAUCAUUUAUUCAUUGCGUGUUGACAUCACAUGCUCCUGAAAUCUUUCAUCCCUGGGUAGAACAAUUAAUUCCGCCUAUUAUAACUGCCGUUGGUGAUCCAUUUUACAAGAUAACUGCAGAAGCACUUAUUGUUUUACAAGAAAUGGUCAAAGUCAUUCGCCCAUUAGAUAAUAAACUAGAGUUCAAUUUUGUGGUAUACGCUGUUCCAUUGUAUAAUUGUACAUAUUCUCGUUUGAAAACAUCUGAUAUUGACCAAGAAGUAAAGGAACGCUCAAUUUCUUGUAUGGGACAAAUAAUAUGUAAUUUAGGUGAUGUAUUACAAAAUGAGUUGCAAGUGUGUUUACCUAUAUUCUUGGAUCGUUUGCGCAAUGAAAUUACUAGACUUACAACUGUUAAAGCACUUAUUAAAGUUGCUGGAUCACCAUUGAAAAUUAAUUUGUCUUCUAUUCUGAGUGAUGGUGUAUUAAUUUUGGCAUCAUUCCUUCGAAAAAAUCAAAGAGCAUUGAAAUUGAGUACUUUAACUUUACUCAAUAUGUUGCUAAAUAAUUUCCAUGCUGAUUUUUCUACUGAAUUAUUAAAUAAGAUACUUAUUGAAUUACCACAAUUAAUUAAUGAAUCAGAUUUACAUAUUGCUCAGUUAACACUUUCUUUGUUAACUACAAUAAUAAAAAUUCAACCAUUGGCUAUGUCAUUUUCGGCUAACAUUAUUAUGCCAGAAGUUAUGACUCUGACUAAAUCUCCAUUAUUGCAAGGAGCUGCCUUGAAUGCUAUUUUAUUAUUCUUCCAAUCUCUGGUUGCUACAAAUGUUCCACAGUUUGGAUACCAAGAGUUAGUGACACUUUUAAUAUCACCAUUGAUGGCUCAGCCUGUUGGCACUCCAGCUUUAACUUUACACAAACAAGCUUAUCAUUCGUUAGCCAAGUGUGUAGCAGCACUGACAGCCACACAGCCAACUCAAGCAAUGGGUAUUAUAAAUAGUUUCAUGUCUGAAUUGAUUAAUCCGUCUAAUGACCAACAACGUAUUUUUUCGUUGCUAGUAAUUGGUGAAGUUGGUAGACAUAUAGAUUUAAGUUCUGUAGUUAAUUUGAAGGAAACUAUACUACAAUCAUUCUCGUCUAAUUCGGAAGAAAUAAAAUCAUCAGCAAGUUACAGUUUAGGUAGCAUUUCUAUUGGAAAUUUAGAGCAAUAUAUACCUUUCAUAUUAAGAGAGAUUGACAUGCAACCUAAACGUCAAUAUUUACUAUUACAUUCCCUAAAAGAGAUCAUCACAUUUGAGUCGUCUACUCCUAAUGGCAUUGAAAACUUGAAACCUUUUGUCCCAGCUAUUUGGAACCAAUUAUUUAAGCACUGUGAAUGUAUAGAAGAAGGUUCACGUAAUGUGGUUGCUGAAUGUUUAGGAAAACUUACAUUAAUCGAUCCAUAUAAUUUAUUGCCAAACUUGCAGUCAUCUCUACCCUCGUCAUCUGCGCUUAUGAGAACCACAUUAUUGACAGCUGUUAAAUUCACUAUAUCUGAUCAACCACAACCAAUUGACAUGCUGCUUAGACAGAAUAUGGAUCAGUUUUUGAGUGCUCUUACCGAUCCAGAUAUAAAUGUUAGACGAGUAACAUUAAUUGCUUUUAAUUCAGCUGCACAUAAUAAGCCAUCUUUGGUCAGGGAUCUACUCGACACUGUACUUCCUAAACUAUAUGCAGAAACAAUUGUUAAGAAAGAACUUAUACGAGAAGUAGAAAUGGGUCCAUUUAAGCAUACUGUUGAUGAUGGGUUAGAUAUAAGAAAGGCAGCUUUUGAAUGUAUGUAUACAUUAUUAGACUCAUGUUUAGAUCGUCUAGACAUAUUCGAAUAUCUUAAUUAUUUGGAGAAUGGAUUACGUGAUCAUUAUGAUAUUAAAAUGCUUACAUAUCUGAUGGUUUCGAGAAUGGCUCAAAUUGUACCUAGUGCUGUAUUGCAAAGGUUGGAUAAAAUUGUUGAACCUUUAAAACAAACAUGCAUGUUGAAAAUCAAAGCCAACUCUGUGAAACAGGAAUUUGAAAAAAUGGAAGAACUUAAGAGAUCUGCUAUGAGAGCAGUUGUUAAUUUACAAACUAUACCCGAUGCUAAUAAAAAUCCACAUAUGAGUGAUUUUGUAUGUCAAAUUAAAAGCUCUCCCGAAUUAAAUCAUAUUUAUGAAACAAUUCAGAGAGACACAUUAGGGUUGGUAACUGAUAAUUAUACCAUACCUAUGGAGAUUUGCGAAUAAUUAUGAUAAAUAUUAGAAUAUUUAUGUCCUACUACAACAUUAAUUGCAUUGGUUUCUAUUAAUAUGUUUUUUUACAAAAGAAAUCAAGAAUAUUGUAAAUAAUAAUUUUUAUGUGUAUAGGCAAGAUUUAAUUUAUACUAUUUCUGUAAAUC